GUCUUGGAGAAGCUACGAGAGGCUAACUUCAAGAUCAACACGAAGAAGUGCGAGUGGGCCAAGACACAAGUCCUGUACUUGGGCCACGUAUUAGACAGGGAUGGCUUAAAGCCAGAGGACAGUAAGAUAGCGACGAUUAGAGACUGGCUGAUGCCCCGUACAUUGACAGAAUUGCGGUCGUUCCUAGGCCUAGCUAAUUACUAUAGAAAGUUAGUGAGGAACUUUUCUACUAUCGCCGCUCCCCUGCGCAGGUUGCUUAAGAAAGAGGCAAUCUGGCAAUGGGACAAAGAUUGUACGUCUGCGCUAAAGAGACUGAAGCGCGCAUUACUAGAGUACCCUGUCCUCAAGGUAGCAGAUCCGUCCUUGCCAUUUGUCGUCACCACGGACGCAAGUCAAUAUGGAAUAGGCGUUGUGUUGCAGCAAGACAACGGCAAUGGCUAUAGACCCGUAGAGUUCAUGUCAGCAAGGAUGCCCUCUGAGAAGGUCGCUACCUCCACGUACGAGAGAGAACUCUACGCUCUCAGGCAGGCUCUAGAGCACUGGAAGCAUUACCUGCUUGGGAGGCACUUCAAAGUGUACUCUGAUCAUGAGACCCUUAGAUGGUUGAAGACUCAGGCUAAGAUGACACCUAAGUUGACUAGGUGGGCCGCAGAGAUAGACCAGUAUGAUUUUGAGCUCAAGCCAGUAAAGGGCAAGUACAACGUAGUUGCGGACGCUCUGAGUAGGAGAUCAGACUACUUUGGAGCCAUAGUACACUAUCUAGAUAUAGGGAGAGACCUGCAGGAGAAAGUGAAGCAAGCGUAUGCGCAGGACCCCAUCUAUAGUGACCUCCUAAAGAGAGUUAGAGAAGCCCCAGAGAUUGAGCCAGAUUACCGCAUUACUGAGGGAUUACUAUUUGAGAAGACUAAUGUGUUUGACCGCCUGUGCGUUCCCAACAGCGAAGAGAUCCGCAGAUUGAUUUUAGGGGAAUGCCAUGACACAGAGGGACACUUUGGUUGGCAAAAGACAUUAGCCAAUCUGAUGCAUGCGUACACGUGGCCAAGAAUGAAGAAUGACUGCAUAGAGUAUGUUCGCAGUUGUAAAGUGUGCCAGAGGAAUAAGACUACUACACGCGCACCCCUAGGUCUUCUCAGACCGCUGCCUAUUCCUGAUCAACCUGGAGACUCAGUGUCCAUAGACUUCAUGGAUACUCAGGUCAAGAGUAGGCAUGGCAAGAGCCAAGUCAUGGUCAUAGUUGACCGUUUAAGCAAGUAUGCCGUUUUUGUUCCCUUGCCUGCAGAGGCACGUAUGGAUUUAGUGAUAUAGAGGUUCUUUGACUUUUGAGUAGUGAGAAUGGAAUCCCAUUGUCAAUAGUUAGCGAUAGAGACAGUCGUUUCACCAGCCAGAACUGGCAAGAACUCGUGCGAGUCUAUGGAUCUAAGCUAUUGAUGUCGUCUGGCCGCCAUCCAGAGACAAACGGUUAGAAAGAACAAAUGAACAAGAUCCUACAGC